AUGGGCAAGAACGCUGUUAAGAAGGCUGCGGCCAAGAAGGCCGAUGCUUCCAAACCCGACGUUUCCCCUCAGCUGCUUUCUGCUGUUGCGGCGUUCCUCGCCAACAAUGGUUUCUCCGGUGCAAGUGAGGCUUUCUCUAAGGACUUGAAGAAGGCUGGCAAGACGGCUGAUGCUAAGAACGCUCCGUCUCUGCUGGAAUUGUUCAAGUCUUGGGACAAGGCUUCCGAGAAUAUGGAUUCUUCCAGCUCGAACUCUAGCGACAGCUCCGACAGCGACAGCGACAGCUCCAGUUCUAGUGACAGCGACUCGGAUGUGGAGAUGAAGGACCAGAAGUCGAUCCGCUCUUCUUCUCCUUCCUCAUCUUCCUCCAGCUCCGACAGUGACGCCGAUGAUGAGGAUGAGGACGAUGCGGCCCCCGUUCCCUCUCCCGCCGCAAAGAAGCCUACCGGUGUGAAGCGCAAGGCCGAAUCUAGCAGCGAGUCUUCCUCCGACUCGAGCUCUGAUUCUACUUCUGAUAGCGAUGCUCCCAAAGCUAAAAAGGCUAAGAAGGCUUCGGAGAAGGAGACUACCAAAAAGGCCGAUUCUAAGGCCCUGAAGAAGGCAGUCAAGACUCCCCUUCCCGAGUCUUCCAGCUCUAGCGACUCCAGCUCCGAUGACAGCAGCUCGGACGGCAGCAAGGCUGGGGGUGUUUCGGUUGCUGCUGGUCCCAGCUCGGACACCAGCGCCACUGUCUCCGCGGAUGAGCCCGCUAACAACUCUGGUCAAACUUCUUCCAAUGCCAGCCCUGCCCCCGGUAAUGUCCCGGCAAAGAAGAAGCACACUGGUGCUCGCCCCACCCCUCUCGCCCUGUUGAGCCAGCAGGACAACAGCCACCUUCCUUCCAAUGAUUACAUUUCGUAUGAUUACGCCGAUCGUGCGUACGCCGAUCUGUCGGUCACUCGCGGAAAGGGCUUCACCAAGGAGAAAAACAAGAAGAAGCGUGGCUCCUACCGCGGUGGAUUCAUUGACUUGUCCGGUGGCAAGUCUUUCAAGUUCGAUGACUAG